AUGACUCCAAACCUCGGAAGCUUAAAGGGACUAGCUAGGUUCACAGUUGCCCAUAAUCUGCUACGAACUGUGGAAGCAGAAGGAUUUAGCUUCUUAACUUCUUUAACUAACUACAGCAACCUCCAGGAACUGGACAUAGGCCUUAAGAGGUUCAAAGGAGCAAACCAGAUAUUAGGAACCAUCCCUGAAGGAAUAGAGAAUUUAAUUGGCCUGAGAUGGUUGGCAAUCUCCAUGAAUUCAAUCACAAGAGAAAUUCCAGUGGGUAUUGGCAAACUCAAAAGAUUGGAGGAUCUUCACCUGUUUGAUAAUAGAAUUUCAGAAGGAAUUCCAGCCGAUCUUGGAAACAUAACACAGUUGGGUCAAUUGUGUGAGGUACCACAAGAAGGGGUCUUCAGAAACAUGAGCGCAUUUCCAGUUGUCGGGAACAAGAAACUCUGUGGAAGCAUAAAGAGUUUAGGACUUCCCGCUUGUGAAACCCCUGUUCCAAAGAAAAAGGGAACAUCUCUUGCUAUAAAAGUAGCAGUUCUGGUAGCUAUUUCAUGUUUAAUUCUGUUAGUGUAUUUGAUAGGUUGUUUACGCAGGAUGAAGAGACUUGGAAGAAGCUCUCCGACCAUGUUACAUGUGGAUGAAAAGUUUAGAAAGGUCUCUUAUGUAGAGCUUCUCCAAGCAACUAAUAAAUUCUCGUCCUCCAACUUGAUUGGAAAGGAACAUUAUGGUUCUGUCUAUAAAGGGAUUUUGGGCAGAGAAGGAUUGACUGUGGUUGUGAAGGUGCUCAACCUUACAGAGAAAGAAGCUGCCAAGAGUUUUGUGGCAGAAUGCAAUGCUUUGAGAGGUAUUCGACAUCGGAACCUCAUCAAGAUAAUCACUACUUGCUCGAGCAUUGAUUCCAAAGGCGAUGAUUUCAAGGCGAUAGUUUUCGAGUUCAUGCCCAAUGGAAACCUUGAGGAGUGGCUACACCAAAGUGAAGAUGAGCAAGACCACUAA